GAAAAUUGAUGAGCUGUUCAGGUCUGUGCCAUCCUCUGCAUUUCACUAUAAGAAUCACAUCAGGCAGGACAAAACUGAAGCAGUCCUGCAGACACAUGCACUUGAGACUAAAGACCUGCAAAGAAUCAAAGACCAUCACAAAACUAGCAUGAAUGAUAAGUACAACAGACUAUUUGAGGGAACCAAACUCCAAGAGAAUCAAACCCUUCUGAACAGGAUCUACACACAGCUCUACAUCAUAGAGGGAGAGAGUGAAGGAGUGAAUGAAGAACAUGAGAUUUUACAGAUGGAGAAAACAGCCAGAAAAAAACACUCACAAGACACUCCAAUCUACUGCAAUGACAUCUUUAAAGCCUCACCUGAACCAGAAUGUGAUGAGAAAGAUCAAAUCAAGACUGUUCUUACUAAAGGCAUCGCUGGAAUCGGAAAAACCGUCUCUGUGCAGAAGUUCAUUCUGGACUGGGCCGAGGGAAAAGCCAAUCAGGAUGUAGAUUUCAUGUUUAUGCUUCCAUUUCGAGAGCUGAAUUUGAUCCGAAAUGAUCAGUACAGUCUUCACAAACUUCUGUUGAACUUUCAUCCUGAACUUCAAGAUCUGGACUCAAAGAUUUAUGAGGAGUGUAAAGUUGUGUUCAUCUUUGAUGGUCUGGAUGAAAGCAGAAUCACACUGAUGUUUUCAGAUGAUCAGAAAGUUUGUGAUAUGACUGAGACUUCAUCAGUGGGUGUGUUGAUGUCAAACCUCAUGAAAGGAGAGCUGCUUCCCUCUGCUCUCAUCUGGAUCACCUCCAGACCAGCAGCAGCCAAUCAGAUCCCCUCCAAAUACAUCAACCGUGUAACAGAAAUUCUGGGAUUCAGUGAGUCUCAGAAAGAGGAAUAUUUCAGGAAGAGAAUCAGUGACCAGCAUCAAGCCAGCAGAAUCAUCUCACACAUCAGAAGAGCAAGAAGCCUUAAUAUAAUGUGCCACAUCCCUGUCUUCUGCUGGAUCUCAUCCACUGUGCUUCAGAAGCUCCUGAAAGAAGAUCUGAGUGCAGAAAUCCCUCAAACUCUGACUGAAAUGUACAUCCACUUCCUGCUGAUUCAGAUCAAUGUGAGGAAUCAGAAGUAUGAAGAGAGAGAUCCAGAGAAACUCCUGCAGUCCAACAGAGAAGUGAUUGUGAAACUUGCUGAAGUGGCUUUCAGACAGCUGAUGAAGGGCAAUGUGAUGUUCUAUGAGGAGGACCUGAUUGAGAGCGGCAUAGACAUCACUGAUGCCUCAGUGUAUUCUGGGAUUUGCACUGAGAUCUUUAAAGAAGAAUCUUUGAUUAAUUUGAAGAAAGUCUACAGCUUCAUUCAUCUGAGUGUUCAGGAGUUUCUUGCUGCUUUCUAUCUGUUUUACUGCCAUGUAAUUAAAAAUGUUGACACCCUUAAGUUUUUUGACUUAAUUUAUGGCUUUAUAAAAAAUACAGUAGAUAAAGCUGUUGCAAGUGAAAAUGGACACCUGGAUCUGUUCCUGCGGUUCCUGCUGGGCGUCUCACUGGAGUCCAAUCAGAGACUCUUACAGGAUCUACUGACACACACAGAGAACAGCUCAGAGAGCAUCAGGAGAACCACACAGUACAUUAAAGAGAAGAUCAAAGAUGGACAUGGACUCUCCACUGAAAGAUCCAUCAAUCUGUUCCUCUGUCUGCUGGAAGUGAAAGAUCAAACUCUGUCUACAGAGAUUCAGGAGUUUGUGAAAUCAGACAAACACUCAGAGAAGAAACUCUCUCCUGCUCACUGCUCAACAAUCGCCUACAUGCUUCAGAUGUCAGAGGAGCCACUGGAUGAACUGAACAUCAAGAAAUACAAUACAUCAGAUGAAGGUAGACGAAGACUGAUACCUGCUGUGAUCAACUGCAGAAAAGCCUUUCUUUCUGGCUGUAAUCUCACUGAUCAGUGUUGUGAGAGUUUGUCAUCAGCUCUACAAUCCUUAAACUGUGUCCUGAGAGAACUGGAUCUGAGUAACAGUGACCUGCAGGAUUCUGGAGUGAAGUUGCUCUCUUAUGGUCUGAAUAGACCAAACUGUCAGCUGGAGAUACUGAGGUUGUCUGGCUGUAUGGUGACAGAGGAAGGCUGUGGUUAUUUGUCUUCAGCUCUGAGUUCAAACCCCUCACACCUGAGAGAGCUGGAUCUGAGCUACAAUCACCCAGGACAAUCAGGAGUCCAGCUGCUCAAACACAAACUGGAGGAUCCAAACUAUAAACUGGAGAUACUCAAGUUGGGUCAUGGAGGAGAGAAGAGAAUUAAACCAGGAAUGAAAAAAUACUACUGUGAUCUCACACUGGAUGAAAAUACAGCAGACACUCGUCUCGCUCUGACCGAGGGGAAACGAAAAGUGAUCAGAGUGAAAGAGCAUCAGCCAUAUCCUGAUCAUCCAGAGAGAUUUGAUUACUAUGGUAACGUUUUAUGUAGAGAGAGUCUGACUGGACGCUGUUACUGGGAAGCUGAAUGGAGUGGAGUGGCUGACAUAGCAGUGGUAUGUAAAGGAAUACAGCGGAAAGGAAACAGUAAUGAGUGUUUUAUUGGAUACAAUGAAAAAUCCUGGACUGUUUACUGCACAAGUAGCAAUUUCUCUGCAUUACACAAUAAAAUAAGCACUGACAUACCAGCCCCUUCAUUGUCUAACAGAGUAGGGGUGUAUCUGGACGUGUCGGCCGGCUCUCUGUCCUUCUACAGCGUCUCUGACACACACUCACUCACACACUUACACACAUUCAACACCACAUUCACUGAACCCCUCUAUGCUGGAUUUGGUUUAUAUCCAGGCUCCUCUGUGCUUUUGUGUUAGAGAUAUGGGAACUUAAAGAAUUGAACUGAUUCAGAAGUAGUUACCAGCGUAACAGUAAAGGGACGGUAUACAAUUGGAAGAAAUGGAAAUAGUUCCUAAAAAGAUUCCUGUAUUGUAUCGUACUGUUAUCCUGUACUGUAUCUAUUGUUUUUAUACUUUUUGUAUUUAAGUAUAUAACUCUGUCCCACAGACAGAACUUCAGGUUUAUCUCUGUUGAAGAACUGUGCUACACUACUACCUCAAUACAUUCUUCUCCUUGCAUGACCUUUGGUCAGACUAACUUCUUUUAUGUGUUAGAAGACAUCUAGUGUAUUGGCAAGCCACCUAAACAACUGCUCAGUCAAGAACAAGAAAAUCGAACCGAUACCAACACAUUCCCUUUUAAAAGUGUGUUAGGAAAAUUUCUCUGAGAUGAUAGUGAUAGUAGCAUUGCUGU